AUGAAGUCCCUGCUCUUUCUAGCCUUUGUAGGAGAAGCUGUUGCUGUCUUCCUUGAUGAUGAGGACAAAAUUGUUGGAGGAUACACCUGUGAGAAGUCCCUCCCCUACCAGGUGUCCCUAAAUGGGGGCUACCACAUCUGUGGUGGCUCCCUCAUCGAUGAAGACUGGGUUCUGUCUGCUGCCCACUGCUAUUCCCACCAGAGCUUCCAAGUGAGACUGGGAGAGAACAACAUCAGAAACAUCGAAGGAAAUGAACAGUUUGUCGAUGUGGCCAAGAUCAUCUUACAUCCAGGCUUCAACAUGAACACCCUGGACAACGACAUCAUGCUGAUCAAACUGAAAACACCUGCCAUUCUCAAUGACCGAGUUGCUACUAUUUCCUUGCCCAAAUCCCGUGCAUUUCAGGGCACAGAAUGUCUCGUCUCAGGUUGGGGCAACACCUUGAAUCUUAAUGUUAAGUACCCUGAUGUGCUGCAGUGUUUGAGGGCCCCAAUCCUAUCUGAUGCUAUAUGCCAGGCUGCCUACCCUGAAAAGAUCACUGAAAACAUGAUCUGUGCUGGCUUCCUAGAGGGAGGCAAAGAUUCUUGCAAGGGAGACUCAGGUGGCCCUCUGGUUUGUAACAGAGAACUCCAGGGUAUUGUCUCCUGGGGCGUUGGCUGUGCUGCAAAGAAAAAACCUGGUAUAUAUACCAAGGUCUUCAAUUAUGUGGACUGGAUCAAAGAGACAAUUGCUGCCAACAGCUGAAGACACCAGAAACCUCC